CGUAGCUUAUUACUUUUUUUGUUAGUUGAAAAAAAAAAAAAAAAAAACUAUCUGAAGACCUGGAAGUCACGCGCAUACCACAUGACAUAAUAAAGCACACACUUGUCCCUUUUAUAUAGAAAAGAAAGCUUUUGCAGCGGAUGAAUGAAAAUACACAGAAGUUUUUACGCAAUAUUUCGUCAAAGGGAUUGUUUUAAAGACAAGAUAUUCAGCUGACUAAGUCGGAGACGCUUCUUCGAGACGUUACAGGAGGGAAACAACAACGAGUUUACUGCCUGUAAGUCACGGAGAAGGCAUAGGAAGAGCAACAGAGUAGAUGUGCUGUCAUUUCAAACGAUGUAGUAACAAUGGAAUGCGGAUUGAAAUUGACAAGUUGUCAAAUAUAGAAAAAAGAUCGAAAGUGAAAGAGAACUUAGAAUUUCAUCAGCAUUCGGAGAAUGUGUGAUAACGAAGAUAUCUGAAAGACACAAUCACAAUCGCUAUAUGAAGCAAUGUUUGAUAUCAUUGUUUUAAAUAUUCGUCUUUUAAAACACAAAUUUUAUUUCCCAUCAAAACAAAGUUGAGAAAAUUACUUUCAAGAUGAAGAAAUCUAAUAAUAUGCAGUCUAAAAUGGAAGUGGAUUACGGAGACAAGCUCGACAGGAAGAAAAAUUCCACUGCUCGUCCACUCGGGACUCCAGUAAUGAGCAAGCUCCGAAUUAUGAAAAAUCUAAUCACUGUUUGCCUGGGGUUCCUUUUCUUAUUCAGCGCCUACCAAGGACUUGCAAACCUCCAGAGUACAAUGAACAUGAAAGGUGAUUUAGGAGUUGUAUCUCAAAGCGUUAUCUAUGCUGCUUUGAUUUUCUCUUCACUUUUUCUGCCGAAAUUAGUAAUCAGGAAGCUGGGAUGCAAGCUUACCCUGGCAUUGUCUAUCCUUACAUAUGCUCCUUAUAUUGCUGCUAAUUUUUAUCCCCAUAUGGGGACAUUUGUGCCAACUGCGAUUGUUCUUGGUCUAGGCGCUGCACCGUUGUGGUCAGCUAAGUGUACGUAUCUAAAUGAAAUUAGUGUCUUGUAUGCAGGCCAUGGAACGGACUCAGCUGAUAUCAUCACUUCGAGAUUCUUUGGAAUAUUUUUUAUGGUUUUUCAGAAUACCCAGAUAUGGGGAAACCUAGCAUCAUAUUUUGUUCUGAAACCUAUUAAGUAUAAUAAUGCAACAAGUGGUUCUCAAUCACCUGCUAAUGACCUUAACCCCAACCAAACUAAUUUAACCUGUGGUGUUGAUUUUUGUAGUGGACUGAAUGAGAAUCUGCAGCCUCCAACAGAAGAUAAAAGGUACAUGUUAAUUGCCAUCUAUCUAUCGUGUGCUAUUUUAGCAGCUAUUAUUGUUAGCAUAUUCUUAGAUCCACUGCCCACAGAGAAGAAAUCCAAAGCAGAAAACGAAAAUGUUUUAUCCAGAGUGGUGGCAACACUAAAGCACCUCAAGAAAGUAGAUCAAUUAUUGCUGGUGCCUAUAACAGUUUUUAGUGGCAUCGAACAAGCUUUUAUCCUUGGGGACUACACAAAAGCUUAUGUAGCUUGUGCCUGGGGAGUGUACCGCGUUGGCCUUGUCUUUAUAUGUUUCGGAGUAGUGAACGCAAUUAUGUCAUUUCUUGCUGGCCGCCUGGUUAAAUAUGUGUCAAGAGUAGCUCUCAUGUUAGCAGGAGCUCUCGGCAAUGUGGCAGUUUGCACAGCGUUAUUCCUUUGGCAACCAGAAGAAAGUCAAUCGAUUUACUUCUUUGUGUUAAUUGGAGUAUGGGGACUCAGUGAUGCCAUUUGGCAAACACAAAUAAAUGCUCUGUAUGGUGUUCUUUUCCGAUCAGAAGAAGAAGCAGCUUUCUCCAAUUACAGACUUUGGGAAUCUUUGGGAUUUUCUAUAGCUUUCGCUUACAGCACGUUCCUUUGCAUAGCACCAAAAAUGUAUAUACUUCUAGGUUUUUUAGCCACAGGCAUAACUGGUUACCUCAUUGUGGAAAUAAAGAAAAACAGAAAAAAUUCUUACGACCUUCCAAGCACAUGAUUUAUUAUAAAACUUAAACAUGUUCUUUUGGAUACGAAUGCAGACAUUAGAUUUUGUUUAAGAAACGCCCGUGCGACAUUACGUAAGUUGUUGUAAGAAAUGACAUAUUUUGAACUUUCAGUUAAUAACUAAUAAAUAAUUAGUCAAUUUGUCAUAGGCAGUCGAAGUUAUCGAAGACUCAACCAAUAUGACACAUUAUCAUUACUCCGAUAAAAAAAGAAUUAAUUUUUUUUUAAUCGUACAGAAUGGGAUUUAAUAAAGGAAACAAAGUUUUAAAGUAACACUCGUGUUUAACGUCAAAGGAAAUUUAGUUUUUCCCCAGUUUUACAAUGCCAGUGUAAUUAACACUUACUGAAAAAACUAUUAAAACUUCUAUUUUACAGAAAAAGGUUCAAGAAUCUGAAGUUCUACUCCGUAGAAAAUUGUUUAUGUGCAGUCAGUCGUAUUUUAUAUCCUGCGUGCGAAUUUUUAAAGCUAAUUUAUACAGUUUUCACUAAUUGACGUUUGUAAGGCCCAAAAAUUUAAUUAAAUGAUAUUACAUUGGAAGAAACUAAAUGGCAACUAAAAGGAAAUGUUAAAACAAAUCAAUUCCUAGAUAUUGUAUUCUGGAAUGUUUUCUUUAAAAAGAACAAACACCUUUACAGAUCUAGCAAAUCGGCAGCAUCUAAAACUGCUGGAAUUUUAAAAAACUGCUGUUACAUUUUACAUAUACAACUCGUUUGAACUGUAUAUCUACUUCAUUUUCCAUUUUCCUUAAUACUUUCCAAGCAAUAAUCCCUUGUGAAAUGAAAUGAAUUUUUCUAGCUAGGAAAUACUGUUAUUGAAAAGUUACUAUUAUUGAAGAAGAAUUAUUACUGAAAGUUACUAUUAAUGAAAAGUCAUUAUAUAUUUAUUCUUAUUAAAUCUUUGAAAAAGAUAAUUCAUGAAGUUAAUGAUAAUAAUGCAAUUCUCCCAUCAUAAACCCAGCUUUAUACACAGCAGUUUCCCUUCCUUUUUUUUUAAGUUGUUAUAUUUCAUAUCGGUGUAUUAUAUUGUCAUCUGAUAACAACGUAUGUGUAAGAAAACUCACAGCUUGUAAUCCAAACAGAAAUACAAUGCAUUUAAUUUUCGAGUUUCAAUUUUAUGUGAAAUUUAUUGUAAAAUUUAUAAUUAGUUAUGCUUAUGACUUUGCAUUAAAUUAUUUGGCAUCAUUAUACAAGAUUUUAAUUAUGUUAUAAU